UGCAGUUCUAAAGAGGAGCUUAGGAAUAAAAUGGCUAGAACUAAACAAACCGCUCGUAAAUCCACCGGAGGCAAAGCUCCUAGGAAGCAGCUGGCCACCAAGGCUGCGCGUAAGAGCGCCCCGGCCACCGGCGGCGUUAAGAAGCCUCACCGCUACAGGCCCGGUACCGUGGCUCUCAGAGAGAUUCGUCGCUACCAGAAGUCCACCGAGUUGCUGAUCCGUAAACUGCCCUUCCAGCGCCUGGUCAGGGAGAUCGCCCAGGACUUCAAGACCGACCUGCGCUUCCAGAGCUCUGCCGUCAUGGCUCUGCAGGAGGCCAGCGAGGCUUAUCUGGUCGGUCUGUUCGAGGACACCAACCUGUGCGCCAUCCACGCCAAGAGGGUCACCAUCAUGCCCAAAGACAUCCAGCUGGCCCGGCGCAUCCGCGGGGAGAGGGCUUGAGCUGUCCGCUCCAUAACAAACACAAAGGCUCUUUUAAGAGCCGCUACAUCCACUGAAGACGAUCCUGUGUCAUUACAAACAAGCGCGUUAUUUAUUCCUAUGAAACCGCCUCCUAAAAAUCUACAGCCACCUUAUCAGUUAAAUCAUAGUCUUUUGUUUUUUUCGCUUUACGCAUAAACCAAUAGAUAAUUGUUUUUAAGCGAGUCAUGUCCUGAUGUAGAUGUUUUUAUUGAACUCCAACCAACAGAACAGUCACUCAGCUUAACCAGACUAUUAAAAGAUAUGGGAAUACACUGUAAAAUGAGAAGUCAUGGAGAAUGACGCAAUGUGUAUGCGAUCAUAUUUAUUUGUAUGCGAGUCGUUGCGCUUCAUUUAAAUUUGAGCCCUGUAGUGCAUUGGAGGCUUCUAAUAGACGCUGCGCCACCUGAUGGUUAAAAUGAGACUAGCUUCCUGAGUAUUUUCAGCCGGCUGCAGGAUUAAAAAUAUUACUCGGCGACAUAACCAUACUGCAGUGAAAACGCUAGUCACUGACUUGAUACCACUGUAAAAUCGCAGGCUGAACUCAACGCAAUGUAAAUAAAAGUAUUACAAGCCUCUCUGCAUGUUCUCUACAGCCGCCACCCCUUCUUAGUCUUAGUUAUUGCAUAGAGACUGUGUCUGCUCCCCGACCACCUAAACUAUACAAGUCACAAAUCAAAGAGGAGUGACUUACCAGAAUUUAAUAAACAUCGAAACAGUUCCUCUUACAGAACAAAGUAACAGUAAGUUAAUAAAGUGUGGUUUAUUAAAUAUCAGAUCUCUCUCAUCUAAAUCCUUUUUAAUAAAUGACUUGAUACGUGACCAUCACAUAGAUCUGUUCUGUCUCACUGAAACCUGGCUGCAGCAGGAUGAAUAUGUUACUUUAAAUGAGUCGACUCUAUGAGUCACAUCAACUAUCAUGUUCCAAGAAGUACAGGUAGAGGUGGAGGAGUAGCAGCAGUUUAUAAAUCAGAUUUAUUAAUUACUCCUAAACCUAAACAUAGUUAUAACUCAUUUGAGAGCCUCACUCUGAGCCUUUCUCACCCAGACUCUAAAAC